UUAUAAAAUCUUUGAUUGGCUAAUCUAUAAUCUAAAACAAAUAUGGCGGAUUCAACUCUCGUCUUUCGUCUUUCAAAAAUUUUAAUUGACGAUAUAUUUUCUUACUUGGAACAACAGAAUGUUUUCUGUUAGGAUUGUAGAUGCAGAUUUUUACGUGGGAAACCUAUAGAUGGCUUAGAUAUUUUGUUUUCUAAAUUUCGCGAGGCGAAUGUUAACCGUGUUCCUGUUUUGAGGGUAUUUGGCUCAACUCCUGGUGGACAGAUAACUUGUGUUCAUAUUCAUCAAGUAUUUCCUUACUUAUACAUACCUUACGAUGGAACUAAACCCACAGAUAAAUAUCUGAAACAAUUUACGACAAGUGUAGACUUUUCUGUUCAAACCAUUUUAUGGUUAUCAUGAGAACGAAGAAGAGUUUAUUAAGAUGGAGUUGUACAAUCCAAGAAUAAUUUCCAAACUUGUUGAUCUUCUUCAGAAUGGAGCUAUAUUGAACAAGUCAUUUCAACCACACGAAGCUCAUGUUCCUUAUAUUCUACAGAUAAAAAUCUUUCAUAUAAUAAUAAAUCAAUUCCACCCCAUGGUUCAUCUUUAAAUUCAUUUCUCAAUUUUCCUUCAUCUCAACACUGGAAUGAAGACACUAUUCCUAGAAAUUUAUGCCUGGAUCCUACUGUGAAAGAAGUCAGUCGUUGUGAACUUGAAGUUGAUGUUACUUAUUGAAGACAUCUUGAAUCAAAUAAAUGUUGAAAGUUGUAUUGGUCAUAAUCCUGGUAUAACUGCUAUGUGGGAAGAUGAAAGACAACGAACAGGAGAUAUUGGACUAUCUUCACAAGUUGCUCCUCCUGUUUCACAAGGUAGUGAUGAUGAACAUGAUGAAGAUAUUGAUGAAGAUAAAGAAUCAAUAUUAAUGUCACAGCCAUUUUGGAAAGAUGAUAAAGAGGAACAUGAUUCCCAAAGUUCGGAGGAGGAAAAGGAAAUGGACUGGAAACCACCUUUGUGUAUGCCUCGAGUGGAUAGUCCUAGUGAUGACGAGGACUCCAGGGGACAUGUGUAAUCAAUAAAUUUUCACUCCACGAGAGAAUCUCGAAACACUAAACACGCGUG